ACGACGACGCAGGCGACACCCUAACGGUGGAGUACCGGUUCUCCCCGGGUAAGGUUUUCCACCUCAUCGAGCAGCUCUCCCCGGAGCAGGAAGAACUGGUCCGCUCCAUCGGUUUCGGUGGCCUGCUCGAGCUGCCCCAGUACGACAAGCUGGACCGCCAUUUCUCCGCCUGGCUGUUCUACCAGAUCACCAGCGCCAAGGCACCGGCGUCCAUGUCGGACGGCUCCGGCGCCACGGUCCGCAUCACCGCGCGCGACGUGCACGAGAUCCUGGGCGUCCCGCACGGGCCGCGGCCGGUGGUGGCGGGGCUCGGCGCCACGGAGGCGGACGCGGCCGCCGUGCGCCGGGCGCUCGGCCUGGACCCACGCCAAGGGCAGGAGGUCACGCUCAAGUACGCCAGGAUGGUCCUCGACGGCCUGAUGCCGCCGCCUUCGAGUUCGAGGCGGCCGAUGACGCCGUCGGAGCGCGACAAGUUCGUGGUCGCCUUCGUCCUGUUCGUGGUGGGGCACUUCCUGGCCCCGCGCGGCCUGGGCGAGCACACCAACACGGAGGUGUUCCACGCCCUCGCGAACCCAAGCCCAACCGAGGUCCGCCAGUUCGACUGGGCGGGCUACGUCUUGCAGCAGCUGCUCGAAUGUGCCGGCCGCGUCCAGCGGCAGCGGCAGCUCGCCGGUGGUGUCACUUGUUCAAAGAUCGAGCUCUCCGGAUGCCUCCUCUUCCUCCAGGUGUUCUACCUGGAGAGAUUGGAUUCCGAACGGCCACAGCCUCAGCGGCGGCCUCGCAUUGCCGCCUACGACAACGAGACUGCGCGCGCGCAUCGAGGAGGACCGGCGCCCCGUGCGCCGCGAGGGUGGCCUCAAGCCGUUCGGCAAGCUCAGGGUACACAUACAUACCAAGCACUAUCAACUGCAGUUUGAGCAGUCAGUGGAGGAUCCAGGAUAAUUACGAGGAGGGUUCUCUUCUACUUCUAAACAACUUUAGCAUUUCAUCGCAGUGUAUUCAUAUAAAAAAAUUAUAGGGGGGCUUAGGAGGGGCACCAUGCCCCUCCUAUCCUACCGCCGCUGGAUUCGCCCCUGUGAGCAGUCGAUAUCCGGAAGGAUGCAUGCUCUAUCAAAACCUCAUAACUUGUUUCAUAUAUCACCUGCAGUUUGCGCCGCACAAGGAUCCCCAGGAACUGCCGAGGAGAUGUCCGGUGACGCAGACCGAGGUCUCCGGCAGCAGCACCGCCACCAGGGGUCAUCAACGCAGCCCCAGCCACGAGCGGAAGAAGGUGGAGACGGUAAAGGAAAAAACCUCAGGGAAGUCAGUCAUUCACCUUCUGUGGAUUUGGCUUCCAACCCUGCUCAACAUGUACAAGGGGGAUUGAAUUUGGAAGAGAUUCCCAUUCCUCGGAAACCAAGAACUGGAUUGACGCUACCUCUCGAGGAAAUAAGGAAAUGGAAAUUUCACAUUGAAGAAAUAACCCAACAGGCCUCUCACGACCAGGGGCAGUCAGAUUCUCCUUC